AUGGAUGUAGAUGUGUUAUGUCUGUGCCUGUGAUCUUUGGUGAUGGCUAGUCUGUCAACAGUGUGAGUGAAGUUGCGUGAGAGGUUAUGUAGGAAAAUGUCAACAAAUCUAGAUAUCAAAUUGAAAAAAGCAAAUAAAGUUUAUCACGAAGGAGAGAAAAUUACCGGCGUUAUUUUCAUUCAGUCAACGUCUGACAUCAAACAUGAUGGAAUCACUCUGGCGAUGGAAGGAACUGUCAACCUGCAACUCAGCGCCAAGAAUGUUGGAAUAUUUGAAGCAUUUUAUAAUUCUGUUAAGCCUAUACAGCUAGUCUCUUGUGUCCUAGAAGUUUCUCCAACAGGAAAGAUUCCUGCUGGGAAGACUGAAAUCCCAUUUGAAUUUCCUUUGGUUCCUAAAGGCAACAGGACACUUUAUGAGACAUACCAUGGUGUUUUUGUGAAUAUUCAGUACCUUCUGAGAUGUGAAAUUAAGAGAAACUUUUUAGCCAAAGAUCUCAUCAAGGUUGCUGAAUUUAUUGUGGAGUAUAAGCCAAAUUCUUCUGAAAAAGCUGUGCCCCAUCCUGUGAAAUUCACUAUCACCCCUGAGUCUCUACAAAAUAUUAAAGACAAAGGUCGAAUUCCAAGGUUUCUGGUAUCAGGACAUCUUGACUCCACCAUGUGUUGCAUCACAAAACCAUUCACUGGAGAGCUUGUAGUGGAACACUGUGAAGUACCUAUCAAGUCUGUGGAACUACAGUUGGUGCGUGUAGAAACAUGUGGAUGUGCUGAGGGAUACGCAAGAGAUGCAACAGAAAUCCAGAAUAUCCAGAUAGGAGAAGGAAAUGUACCCUGUGGUUUGGCUAUUCCCAUAUACAUGAUUUUUCCAAGACUAUUCACAUGCCCAACACUAGCAACAAGCAAUUUUAAAGUGGAUUUUGAAGUCAAUAUUGUAAUAAUAUUUCAAGAUGAUCACCUCAUUACAGAGAAUUUUCGAAUUGUUUUAACUCGGUAUUAAUUCAUUUCAAAACUCAGUUUUGAAUUUGUAUUUUUUUUACAAAAGUGAGUAUUAAAAGUAAAGAAUGUCAUUCCACACAUCUACAGAGGCAUUAGCAGGAAGUAUUUCAAGCUAGCUGAUGAACAAAUAAACCAGUGGAGUGACAAUAAGAUUCUUAUUGUCAUGAUAUAAAAUAUCAAAUUCAUAAUGUUUCAUGUUGAAUGGUAUAAAAUACCAGUUGCUGAAAUGGUUAAUGUUGUUAUAUUUUGUAAUUGCUUUAUAACUUUUUUACUGUAUUGUACGUUAUAAAUAAAUUUUUUAUAUUGCA